GGACAGGCGGGCUGGCCUGGAGUCUGGAAGACGGGUUGCAAUAUGGAAGAAGCCCCCCCGUCCUCGACCUCCUCGACUUCUUUGAGAUUGUCAUGAUACGUCGUUUAUAUGAGUGAUUGCUUGAAUAGGGCUCCUGCCUGCCCGCCCAGUCUCUCACCCCGUCUCGGUGUCUACGUGGUACAAUCGCACUGUGCUUUCUGGACAGCUCUGUUCUUGCUCCCGUGCUCUCCCAAUGGCAACAUCAGCCACCCCGGAAACCGUCGAGCAGAUCAUACCAGAAGUCUCACCUAAUGCCGAGCCCAGGGAGAAAGCCAGCGUAGAAGAAGUGACCGUUGAAGUACAUGAUGGCCCGUUUCGCCCAAGCCCACGGGACUACGUGCGCUGGUUGCGCGAUCUCUUCACCAGGCAACGCCUCCUGGAAAGUGCAGCUGUCGUGGUGAAGUUGGGGAAGUUUAUGGGCCCGGGGGCUAUCAUCAGCGUGGCCUAUAUCGACCCGGACAACUACCAGACGGCCGUCUCUUCUGGAACACAGUUUCAAUACAAGCUCCUGUUCAUGAUCCUCGUGUCAAACCUGAUUGCUAUCUAUCUGCAGGCGCUGUCAGUCAAACUGGGAUCUGUCACAGGUAUGGAUCUUGCGCAAUGCAAUCGAGCCUAUCUUCCCCGCUGGCUUAACAUUGGCCUCUGGCUCAUGGCUGAAGCCGCCAUAGUUUGCACCGAUAUUGGGCAGGUGAUUGGGACAGCAAUUGCAAUCAAUAUCCUCAUUCCAAAGAUCCCCCUGGUCGCGGGCUGCGCCUUGGCCAUAGCGGAUACGUUGGUCAUACUGAUAUUCUACCGCCCCGACGGAUCGCUCAGAGGUCUUCGAGCAUUCGAGCUCUUCGUCACCGUCUUCGUGCUAAGUGUCUUUAUCUGCUUCUGCAUAGAACUCUCCCUGAUCAGAGGCACAACCGCCAGGCAUGUCUUCGACGGCUUCCUGCCCUCACGGGUGAUCUUCGUCUCUGAUGGGCUCUACGAAUCAUGUGCCAUUCUGGGUGGGACGCUCAUGCCACACACCAUCUACCUUGGAUCGGGGCUCGUCCAAGCACGCCUGCGCGACUUCGACAUCCGGCACGAGCAAUACCGCGAGGUGUUGACCACCGACCGCCCAUCAGCUAUCAAGCUAUACCGGCCAUCACUGUCCGCCAUCCGAUCCUGCAUGAACUACUCCAUCGCCGAGCUCUGCAUCACGCUCUUCGUCAUCGCCGUCUUCGUCAACUCGGCCAUCCUGAUCGUCGCCGCCUCCUCGCUAUCCCAGGCCGCCGACGACGCCGAUCUCUUCGGCAUGUACCGCCUGUUCGUGUCGUCCAUCUCGCAGGCCGCCGGCACCAUGUUCGCGCUCGCCCUGCUGUUUUCCGGCAUCAGCGCUGGGAUCGUGGCGACGAUGGCGGGGCAGCUGGUCGCUGAGGGCGCCAUGCACUGGCGCAUCCGUCCCUUCUACCGCCGGCUGCUGACCCGCUCCAUCGCCAUCGUCCCCGGCAUCAUCGUAGCGGCAGCGGACGGACGGUCCGGGCUGGCCGCGGCGCUGAACGGCUGCAAUGUCGUGCUGUCCGUAUCGUUGAUCUUCCUGACCUUCCCGCUGGUCUGGUACACCAGCUUCCAGAAGUACAUGACGGUGGAGACCGAGACGGCCGUCGUUAGUACCGCCACGCUUGGGUCUCUGGAGCCUGGGCCGGACGUGGAGAGGGGAGAGCGGCGUCGUGGGCUGAUGGUCAGUCUGGCGAAUAAUAUCCCGACGAUGCUGGCCGCUUGGAUCAUCUGGUUUAUCAUUGCGGCUAUGAAUGUCGCGACUCUGGCGUUCCUGGGGUUGGGAAUAGGUGGGGAUUAGAGAUGCUCAGUACCGAAUGAUCGUGAGAAGAGUAGGUACGUGGCGUUCCCGACCGGGUUUUUUGAGCGCGAGAAAUAUAGCAAACUAUUUGAAGUAAUAAUAGAUUAGUUAUCAA